UCCACUGGCUCGGUCCAAAGCCAUCUUUGCAUUGUUCCUGCCUUUUUUUGCUCGGGCUCUUGGGGCUUUUAUUUUUUUAAUUUUUUGGCUCUUCUUCCCCCCCUUCCCGCUCCCGUUUCUUCCCACCUUGCUCGGCGCGCGCCGUCGGACCUGUACAUUUUGGGGCUUAUUUUUGUAUUUUAGCUCUAUUUUAUAUACCGCACAAACCGACUCGCAAGCCAGCCAUGUCAGACACCGCCGUGGACACCAGUUCCGAGAUCUCCACCAAGGACUUGAAAGAGAAGAAGGAAGUAGUUGAAGAGACAGAAAAUGGCAAAGAUGCACCAGCCAACGGCAAUGCUGAGAACGAGGAAAAUGGGGAGCAGGAAGCAGACAACGAGGUAGACGAAGAAGAAGAAGAAGUUGGCGAUGACGAGGAGGAUGAGGAAGAAGGCGAUGGCGAAGAAGACGAUGGCGACGAGGACGAUGAAGCGGAAGGUCCCACAGGCAAACGGGCAGCCGAGGACGACGAGGAUGACGACGUCGACCCCAAGAAGCAGAAAACCGACGCAGAUGAUUAGGAAGCAGAGUGAUUAAAAAGAGAGAGAGAGAGAGAGAGAAACACUUUUUUUUUUAAACUUAAGAGGAAAAUUUUUUUAAAGGCCAGCGUGACCUACUUCACCUUUGAAACUUCCUGUUGCAGAACAUGCCCCCCCGCCCCGCCCCGGUCUCCUCCUCCUUGCUGCGGUCACUGUCCUCAAGUAGAGCGGAAAAAGUCCUGUAAAAAGCCAGUGUGCCGCUACCAUUUGCCCAACUCCGAAUGAAAUAAAAGUGGAAAUAAUUCCUCCUCCUCUCCUGCUUUGCCACCUUUGGGGAGGAGGGAUGGGGGGGGGGAAAGGUGACACGGUUCCCCCCCCCUCCUUCCUCCGCUCUUCCCUCCUCCACUGGAAACUUCAAGGCCCGGCUUGCUUUUCUUAAAAGUAACUUUAAAGGAGAAUUUGUUUGUAUUUUUUAUUUACAUUUUAUAUUUUUGUACAUAUUGUGACGAGGUCAGCCAUUUUUAACGCGAUCUCCGAUUGACCAAAACGGGGGUGGGGGUGGGGCUUUGAAGUGCAGGUUUUUUUUCCUCUUGUCCCUAAAAAAAAAAAAAAAAGCAAAAAUUUUCUUGACUUUACUUGUGGUGUGACCAUGUCCAAACCAUUGUCUCAAAGGAGAAGAAGA